UUUGUUAUCAUCAACUCUUUUAAAUGAUUUUCAACAGAAUUCAUCAAAUAAUCAUUUAAUGGAUACAUAUAAGUCAUGUUGUCAUCUACUAGAUUUAUCUUGAAUGCCAACUAUUGACGAUACUCAUCUCAUACAAAACGAAAACGUUUAAUUACGAAGCCAACAGCAAGCAGUCAACAGAGUAAAACAGAAAUUGCCGUAGAAGACUAGACGAGUAGUUGAAGAAGAGUUUUUUAUUCGUAGUUGCAACUGUUGUCAAUUAACAUCAACAUGUGCCAUGGAGGCUUGUUUGGGUUUAGGCCGAAGUCAACGCAAUCUAAACAAGCAGCAACAGAAAGAUUUGAAAUUGCAACAACAACAGCAGCAACAGCAUACGCAAUUGCAACAGCAGAAACAGGCAACACAACAGACCAUUGUGACCAAUCAAAAUUACUAUACAACACAACAGCAACCACAAAAUCAACGUCAUCUAGUAGCACGUGGACAAACCACAAAUGUUGCGGCGACGGCUUUGAAACUACAGCAACAACAACAGUUACAGCAGCAGCAGUUACAACAACAGCAGCAACAACAACAACAUAUAAUACAGCAUUUGGCAUACAACGAGGACAACAACAGCCAUUUGUUGAGACAUCAAGAGCAGAAUUUGCUAAAACAAAAUGUGGCACACAAUACAGCCACUACAUGUACGACAACACCUAAAUACAGAAAUACAGGAGCAGCAGCAACAACAACAACUAAUAUGCAACAAUCAUCACCAGCUUCAAAUGAAAGUGUUGGUGGUGGUGGAGUUGGCACACAACAACAUCAGCAAUCAUUUCAAAAGAGUACGGUAACUGUAGAAGUCACCACCACUUUGCCCUCCACCAUAAGUCCCACAAACACUGCCUCAAUUAGCACUAAUUCGAAUGUCAAAAGUUUUCGCAAGAUUAACAGACAUCAACAGCAACAACACCAGCUCCAGCAACAGCACCAACAACAACAGCAGCAUCAGCUACAGCAACACUAUCAGCUGCAACACCAUCAACAACAAAUGGAAGCUGAUUUAGAUGCCAUUGAGGUGUGUGCAGACCAGGAGCCAGUGGCCUCCUUUAAAGGUGGAGGCCUGUUGAGACAAACUAAAACUUUGGGACGUUUAAAUCAUCAGCAUCAACAUCAUCACAGCAUAGAGGAUCAUCAUGGUCAAUGGUCCAAUAUGCCACAAACAACUUCCCUGCAACUGUUGCAGUUGCAGCAGCAGCAACAACAUGACUAUUCAUAUGCCUACUAUGAACCGGGAGCGGCCAUGAGACACACCAAUAUUCCCCACACUGAACUAAUGGCGGGGGAAGAAGAUCUAACGCCUGCUCCUCCCAAUUCCAUGAGAGCUUUAUUAUCCAAGGGCAAGAAGAACAAACUGUUGGUGUCACCCGCCACCCGGCAAUCUUAUCAAACCCGAUUAACUCAACAACAAGGUCAUGGGGCAGGAGCAGGAGCUACCGCUCACCAAGCCACAGCCAACUGCAGCAAUAUUUCCACACCGGAAAACUUUUACGAAGAAAUAUCAGCUUCCUCUACAUCAUCGUCUUCGAAUUCAAUGACCAGUCAUCAUCAGCUAAGAGCCACCUCGCAUUCGGCCGGCUCCCUGACCCAGACAUUGGUGGAAGAAGAACUGAGAAGAGUACAAAAUAGACAUCAUAAGAUUUUAGGCGAACUCAACUUGUCCGUCGAAGCCAUGCUAAUGCCAGAUAGUCCACCCAACAGUAGUCCCACUGCCAAAGAACCAACGGUGCCCACGGUGAGUGUUACGCCCGCCUCGGGUCAACCUCUAAGAUUGACAUCUUCCUCGGCCGAUAACAUAUGUGAUACGGCGCUGUCCGGAGGACCAGCUGAUGAGUUCAUCUCUCCCAUACCCAAUUCGGCAACGGUAAGUGCUGGUCUUUUGCAAUCCUCUUGUCUAGCGGCUGAUUUAGAUAGUGGUUUUAGUGGUUCCAGUGGUGCUAGUUACAUCGGCUCUUUGCGUCUGCAUAAAACAAAUGCCCUUAUGAGUUCUCGAUCCACCAACCAAGCAACAGCAGCAGCAGCAGCGACAUCUACUGCGGCCGCCUCGGCCGCACACAAGACUCAACAAAGUGCCUUUGCUUAUGCCACACAAAGUUGCCGUUCAUUUCAAAGAGCCAACGCAGCGGCAACAGCCAAUGCCAAUGCAGCUACGGGCAACUCAAAUGCAACAACGUCCUCAUCAUCAGCAUCAUCUUCAUCGUGUACCAUCAAACAUUUACCUCAAAUUCAUCAAAACACUAAACACAAUAUGCAACAGCAACCACAACAACUACAACAACAGCACAGUCAUCUACACCAUCAUCACCACCAUCAUCACAAUGCUGGCCUAACAACUUGCUCUUCCCUGUCCACCUCCAACCAAGAUGAUUCACAAAAUUCAUCGGGGUUUUUUACACGUGCCUCGUGUGGUCGUCGUAUUUUAAAUUGUGCCAAAAUAAGAGCCGCCGAAGAUCCCGGUCCCAUGGUGUUGAAUGCACAGCCCAUCGAGUCAAAGGCACGUAGUUUUUGGAAUCGCAAAGGUUGGCGUAAAUUGCCUGGCUUCUCAACAUCCACCUCAAGCAUAAAUGAUACGGGUUUAUCAACAGAUGAAUCGAAAUUAAAUUCCGGUUCUUGGGAAGAUCCUCUACCCUCUACGACGACACACCACACCAAUAAUAAUACCAAUCAAAAUCUAGCGAUAGCCAGCGCCCAAAGCGCUAAAAACGGCAACAUAACGACAACUACAGCACAAUUGCACAAUCUCACAAAUCUAAGACGUCCUGACACAUUAGCCACAGCACGUCACAAUCUCCAGCCCUUGAUUAUACAACCGGUAACAAAUCUACAGCAUCAGCAGCAGCAUCACCACCAACAACAGCAACAUCACCACCAGCAGCAACAGCAACAACAAUACAAUCAACAUUCAGCGUUUACAGGCAGUGUCAUAGGCCGCUGUAACGAGGCGGCACUACAACAACACCAACAGCAACCUCUACUACAGGGGGCUGCUGUAACCGGCAGCACAAUAGCUGGCGGUAGUUUUAACGCCAACGGCGGAUCGACUGCCGUUGGUGGCGCCACUGACGGUUCGGCGGCAUCGCCCAAUAACGUAGCGGUCGAACAUUUAACGGACUCCGCACAAAUUGAUUUUCAAACAAAAUCACCUUUGCCACCUAACAGCUCUUCAGAAGACGAAGAGUUGGCCAACGAGGAGGAAUUAAACGGCAGCGUGACGUCAUCUUUAAGUGCCACAAAUCAACGCAAUUCACAAUUGCGUUCCACAUUCAAUCGCGCCAAACAGCACUUGUCCUUUGACAAAUGGCGUUCGUCGAAUGCCAACAACUCAACUGCUGAUACCAGCAGCAAUUCAAGUACGAGCAGUAGUGGUGGAGGUGGUGGAGGUAGUGGUACCUUAACUCGACGAGCCAGUACAACUUGUGCCACCACAAUGCCCACAGCCCAUCAGCCGCCGCGAGAAGACAUCACAACACCAGGAGAAACGCCUGGUGGUAGAUUAUCGCGUUGGUUUUCCAUACGACGCGGUUCAUCACAUCAAUACGAUGUGGGCGGUCGUGAUGGCAGGCAAUCGAACUCAUCCAGCAUAGAUUUGCCAGAUGCUGUGUGUGAUUCCACACAGGCAUCGCCACAGAAAUUAACAAAUUCAGCGAAUUCAUCAAAAUCUGCCUGUAAAAUGCCUGGGGUACCAGAAAAUGAAGAUGAUGAUAUUUCAUCAUUAACCGCAUCGACUUCUAGAUUCGAUUUGGAUUUAAUGAUACCACCUGGCAGUCGUGCCAACGGCACCGCCCGUUCGGCUCACAAUCGUUUGGUACAACCCAUGUUACCACCAGCGCCACCUGGUCUUUCACAGCAACAACUCAAACGUCGCCAUAUUGUGGCUGCCAUUGUUCACAGUGAAAACUCUUAUGUGGCCACUCUACAACGUCUAGUCAAUGAUUACAAAAAACCUCUUGAAGAUAGUAGUCCACCAGUGUUGAGUGCCACCAAAAUAAGUACACUCUUCCAUCGCCUGCCAGAAAUUCUCCAAUCGCAUCAAUUGUUUCGCAUCGCCUUGGCUGAGUGUGUACGCAAUUGGGAUCGUGAUGAGAAAUUGGGUGAUUGUUUUGUGAGCGCCUUCAGUAAGCCACGUAUUUUGGAAAUCUAUUCAGGUUUCAUCAAUAACUUCUCAGCUGCCAUGGAAUUAGCGAAAAUGGAGGAAAAACGCAAAUCUGCAUUGGCGGAUUUCUUCAAAGUUAAACAAAUAAGUGCUCAUGAUCGUUUAAGUUUCUUUGGCUUAAUGGUUAAGCCCGUACAACGUUUCCCCCAGUUCAUACUCUUUCUGCAAGACUUACUCAAGUAUACACCCCAGGGCCAUCAUGAUCGCAUGUCGUUGCAGUUGGCGUUGACGCAACUGGAACUGUUGGCUGAGAUGCUGAACGAACGCAAACGUGAGGCUGAACAGUAUCAAGGUUUCAAAGAGAUGCUGGGACACAUAAGUGGCACAUUCAAUACACGUUCUCUAACCACAACCGAGGGCAAUCGGCCACGUUAUUUAUUGCGUGAGGAUAAUGUCACACAUAUGGAAUUUAAUCAGGCUGGUUUUAUAGUCAAAUCAAAGCAACGUCGUUUGCUGUUGUUGAACGAUAAGGUUAUCUGUGUGUCGGUGGCACCGAAGCAGUCACAUGAUUUUGGCGCCACCGAAAAGUUGACCUUCAAAUGGAUGUAUCCGGUGACAGAUGUGGAAAUUGUGGAUAAUAGUACUUCCGCUACCUUAUCGAGAAUAUUAACUGCUGGUCUCAAUCGCGGCGGAAGUCUUAAAUCGAAUUCGAGUUCAUGCAACAACUACUCCACCAACACUCUACCUGCCAACACAUCCUCGCCUUCGGCUGCAGCCUAUCAAAAUGCCGCCUUUGACAAUUCACCCGCUGCUCUACUUACCAAUGGUGCUGACAAUCUCUGCAACGAAAUGAGUACACUCAUGUACGAUUACGAAGUUGUUUCGCGUAUUAACGAUCUGGUCGGUUCUCUCAAGGGCACCUACAAGGAACUCAACACGAAUAUCACCCGUAAUCUUAUGAAUUCCAUACAAAGUUCUAUACAGAGGAAAAACGAAGAGAUGGCAUGGGUGGAUUCGUGUUGUUUACAAUUGGUGGCCAAGAAUAAGAAUGGCAAGGAGGAGACGUUUACAUUCCAGACAGCAAAUCCCAAUGUUAAAAAGGAAUGGAUAACGGAAUUGCGUUUGGCACAACUGGCAUUGGAUAUAAAUAAUUCACCGGCUUGGGAGACAACAUCGGCGGAGCCGUGUGCCACAAGUACGCCGGCGUAUGAGCAGCAACAAAUGCAGCUGGUGCAGAGGCAAUCAAAUAAGAUGCCACUGUUUGUCAAAGCGAUGCCAGUUUUUAGGUCACAGCAUCAAACGGAGGUUCGCUGUGGAUGUUACUAUACCAUCGCUAACGAUUCGAAAAUCAGUGGCAAUGCCCGACGCCGCCAUAAACAACAGAAUUAUCUGUGGGUCUGUACCACAAAUGGCUCCUCCUCCCAGCUAACCGUAUACUCACAGCAUCAUCAACAGGCUGGCAAUCUACGUGAUGUGGGCACCUUUGAAUUGACCGAAACCCAAGUGACGGCCAUCGAAUUUGUCAAGGGCCUGGACAAUUGCAAGACACGCGAAGAAUACAAUUCCUUAUUGGGCGAUCUCAUUUGGAUGGGUACGGAUGCCAAAAAGUUGUUGAUUUAUUCUGCUAAAAAUCCAGAACAAGAAGAACAAUUACAUUGCUGCAGUGUGCCGGGCAUAGUGACGAGAAUACUGUAUCAUUUUGAUACGAUUUAUGUGGCCCUAACGAAUGCCACCAUCUUGAUAUACCGUCGUGCCUAUGAUGGUGUUUGGAUGUUAAAAGAUCCUCAGGUGGUGCAGUUGGGCGAGAGUGGCUUACCGGUACCCAGUAUUUUACCCAUUAACAUGAAUAUCUAUGCUGCCUGUGCCAAUCGCGUUUACGUUUUGAAUGCUUUAAAUGGUGAGAUACAACGCAGUUUUGAGGUGCAUCAUGGUUCGAAUCAACAAGUGAAUUUGAUGGCUCAUUCUGGUAUUGGCUUGUGGAUUUCCUUAAAGAACUCCACCAUGUUGUGUUUGUAUCAUACGGAAACUUUCAAGCACUUGCAAGAUAUUAAUAUAGCAUCUAGUGUUUUGAGAAGCGAUGGCAAAAAGGAACAGGCUGUAAAUAAUAGUGCCAUUUAUGUGACGGCUUUGAUGGCCUGCAAAGGUUUGUUGUGGGUGGGUACCAAUGUGGGCAUAGCGGUGACAAUACCACUGCCCCGUUUAGAGGGUGUUCCCAUUAUAAGCGGCGGCAUUAGCAUGUCCUGUCAUGCUCAUUUUGGUCCCAUAACUUUCCUGUUGCCUUUGGUGCCUAAAGUGUAUCCCAGCUAUAAACCCAGCGCUUCAGCCAACUCACAAACUUUACCACCGGCUUUGAAUAUAGCUGUGGAACCAGUGGUUCCUAGUAUGGGUGAUGAUUUACAAUUGCCAGCCAUAGAUGCCGAUCCCAAAAAGCUAACAGAAGCUGAUUUAGAUGAAAGUGCUGUGGUGUUGAGAAGAGAUUUGCCAAAAGAUGAUUCCGGUUCUGGUUCAGCUUCACCCUCGGCUUUCAUGUUAAGAGAACUGAGUGCAGAUGGUGCUGAUUCUAAUGCCUCAUCACCACGUUGCUCCAAAUUGGAUAAACAAAACUCGUUGGAUCAAUCUUUCUCAGCCAAAAUUAGAGCCUCUUUGGCCAACUCACCGGCCUUCCAUCGUAAACGUUUCAGAGAUUUGUCCUCUGAAUCGGCUAGAAUGUCUAAGACCUUACCUAGAGGCUUAGGAUCAGCUGGCUACUUCCAAUCGGGUCUUAACUCCAACACCAGUACCCUAUCCCAUGGAGAACAUGGCUAUUGUGAUGUCUAUGGUUUGUAUGGCAAAUUGAUCUUUGUUAAAGAAGACUAUGAUGCCGAAGAGGGUACCCAGGGUAAUCUCAUGGAUAUGAUGUAUGAGGGCAUGCGCAGAUCUGAUCCAGAAUUAGCUGCCAUACCCGGACGUGUCACUACUUUGGACAGACGUUUGAGAAUGAAGGCUUCCAGACCACGUUCUUUAGAUCUUUCCAAUUGGUCGGUGGAUUCAAAAUCCUCUAGUUUGUAUACUUCCUCGGGCAGUGAAGAGAGCAUGGGAAUACGCUUCUUUGGCGGUCGUUCUGUUUCACGCAACAGCUCAAGUGCCAGCCAUAAAACCUCAGGAAAUGGCAGUGAUUUGGGUAAUAUCUCAGAAAAUGGUCUAAUGACGGAAUUACAUCACAAUCAUAGCACCCCUAAAUCGGAUGAUGGUUUCAAAUUAAUGCAACAACAUAAACAAGCGGGAGCAGCCGGAGCUAACAACUCUUCUACGCCACCACCUGCAGCUGCCACAGCUACACUCAAACGUAAACAAAAGCAAAACGCCAAACAACAGCAACAACAACAAGCCGAUGGACCACGCACUAUUAUCACCCUAACCGGCGGUCGGGGCUACUGGCGUCAUGUCUGGUACAACAACACCAACUCUCCCGGCCACAAGUCAUCCUCCUCAUCAUCGUCUCUCAGUUCAGGUGCAUCCUCACCGCUCAUUGCCAAUUCAAAUGAUGCUCACAUUGUGAUUUGGGAGAAAAAGUUAUAAUCUCGGGAGUAUGUGUGGCACUGUAAGGCCACACCGCCACCUCUAGCCAACUUACAUCCCUCAACGUCCAUGUAUUUACAGCCACCCUCAUCCGCACUCUCUACACCCGAACGACGUAGUCGUGUACGCUUUCGA